CUUGAUAGGAAGGACUGCAUGGCAGUUUUACCGACUGGCUUCGGUAAAUCAUUACCUUAUCAACUACUUCCGUUGGUACAACGAGAAAUCGGCCGCACUGGGAUUGUACUUGUUUGUUGUCCCCUUGUUUCGUUGAUGAAAGAUCAGGUUGAGAGAAUAAAUGCAAUUAAAGGUGUAACGGCCGCAUAUAAAGGUCAAGGUCUAGAUAAAGAGAUUUUGAGUGGCGAGGUAGACAUCAUAUUUGGAAGUCCGGAGUCACUGUUAGGUGAAUGGCGGGCUGAACUACAGCAACUCAAUGUCACUGCAAUUGUUAUAGAUGAAUUUCAUUUAAUAUCAACGUGGGGACAAGAUGAUGAACAUAUUCACAAGAGAGCAUUUAGGAAAUGGUUUGGUGAUCUUGGAGAAUUACGUUCCAUCUUUCCAAAUGCGUCACUGCUUGCCCUUAGUGCCACUUGCACACUGAAAGUACGGAAACGUGUGUUGAAAGUGGUACUGUAUAGGGGAUUAAUUUCACGGGUUGUAAUUUUCACGUUUUUCUGUCCUCUGACACGAAGACUGAAGAAUCUAUCAAAGAGACUGUUAUUGUCCAUUCGGGAGAAAGAGAGCCCUAUAAGAGUUAUUGUUUCCACUAAUGCUUUGGGUAUGGGGGUGGAUUUUAAAGAUCUACACAGCAUUAUUUUAUUUGGUCCACCUCAUUCUAUACUUGAAGUGGUGCAGGAAAUUGGACGUGCUGGGAGAGAUGGUGAAAAGUCUGUGUCUUUGCUACUUUAUAAUUCCCAUCACCUUGCCCGAUGUGACCCAGAAGUAAAGAAACUCUUUAAGAGCAAUGACUGCCGAAGAAUACAGAUGAUGGAAUCAUUUCUUAAGGAAAGUGAACUUGAUAAAGUAAAAUCUUAUGCAGGAAAUUGUUCAUGCUGUGACGUAUGUCAGAACAACUGUUUAUGUGGGGAUUGUUCUCAACUGCCAUUGGAGAAACUGUUUUUAGGGAAUCAUGUAACUUUUCCCAAUGAUCAUGAAACUUCAGAAGAUUCUGAUUCUUGA